AUGGCUUCGGAUAUCGUUUCCGCACUGACGUUUAUCAUACAGUUUGGGGUUGAAGUCAAGGACAGACUUGACUCGCUCAACCAAGCUGCCGACGAACUUAAACUGCUCAACGUUACCCUUGUGUCGUUAUUGAAAGCAUUUGAGAAUCCUACAAACAAGAUCAACACCGAAGGCUCCGAGUUUUUGGUUAUGCUAGAAAUUUUGGACAGCAUCAAAGAUUCUUGCAAGAAAUGCGCCAAUGCCCUAGAUAAAAACCGUGCUGGAGCGACAGAUGCGACUAAAAUAGAGUUGUAUGGCAAGAAAUUUUUCAAGCGGCUAUGGAAUCUCUACAGGAUCCCUGAUAUCCUCACAGAAAUCCAGCACAAGGCCGCACAACUACAACAAAUAUCCAUGGCAGUAGUCGUGGCAUCUACUUUAGUUGUCAACGACGUUAGGACGCAACAGGGACAGAUGAGUGGGAAGGAAAUUGUGGAAUCCGCCCAUUUUGUUAAAGAGACAACUUUACAUUAUCUCAGCACGGAUCUUGCUAGCAUAGACUAGAUGAUGGGAAAUCUUAUGAACGAAUGCACAAACCUUCGGCAACAACUUCAGGAAGCUACUCUUCUUCCUGACACUUCUGCUAUUCAAUUUUAUCAAUCGCAGAACCCAGAAGCAGCAUCGUUUUGGAAGGAUCGGUUUCAGAACGACGAACUCAAUGUCUCAGCAUUCCGAUACGAGGCAAGUACACUCAAAUGGAUUUUUUAUUCCCAAUACUUCUGCAUCCUGCUGACAUACGCUUACUUUACAGACGCUAUACGUUUCUUGGGCACGUUUCCCAGAAACAUGGAACUCGCUCGCCAGGAAGGAUCUUGGUAUCGCAUCGAUCAAAACGGCACGCGUCGUCUUUCUACUAUUCGGCCUCUUUGGCUCCCGCCUCUUCGGUCUGCUCUCGAUCCCCUGCACAAAGGCUACGUCAAGCCUCGGGACUAUUUCAACCUUCUCCAAGACUCUACAUUGUCCGACACCCUUAGAAAAUUGACCCUCGAAAACGCAGGCUACGGUAUGCUUGUCGAAUGUGAAAGGGCUUCCGGGGAUCUUGCCUUACCGGCGGCCAUCGAAUCACCGUCCGAUCACGUUGGCUGGAUCUCUGCACAAAUCGUGGCCGUUCCAGCACCCGAUGAACUUGGAAUCAUUACCGAACGAGAGGUCAUGAAAUUAAACGGCGAGGACCUUUUUUCUUACUUCAAUGAUGCUGCCCCAGACGUCCACGUUUACGUACGUUACCUGCAGACGGGUCAAAUCGAGCGGAAGAGUCUCUCAAAGCAAGUCCGUCCGAUCGGUGGCAUUAACAUCGGCGCUACGCUGUCUGUCCGGUAUGCACUGGAAUCAGGGGGUCAUGCUUGGAGCUGCGACCUUCCAAUUACCGAGUUCAAGGCAUGUUACGGAGGACAGUACAUCAUUACGGCGGGUGUGGGUUCGAAUGCCAUAGUGUUUUCCACAAGGCCACUCAAGCUUUCCUUUGACACCAUGUUGCGUCAUGAAGACAACUCCUCGAGUUCUGUCAUACCAGAGUUAGACUGUACGCUUUUGGGGCCAUCGAAGGUAUUCACCGACCCACCAAAAGCUGGCGAAAAGGUUCAGAUCGAGCACAAUGGGCGUUGGUACGACUCGAGAGUCACAGUUGUGGACGGCGAUGAGAUAGAGUAUAUCGAUUGGGACUGUUUACCAGAGCAAGUCUCAACCAAUUCCACGGAAGCUCAGGAUGGUAGUGGAGGGGAUAAGAAUGAUAGCGACAGCUUUGGCUUUACCGAAGAGCAGCUCACGCAACUCGGGAAGGGCACACGGCGGCUGUGGCGACCAUGGUGCAGAAACCUCAGGGCGUACGAUGUUCGACCUUAUCGUUGCUUCCAUAUCGGCGACUCUGUCGAGGCACCCGUCAUGUAUCCGGAUUUCCGAUUCCAUUACCAUGUUACAGACGACUCACAGCUCUACCUCCCUGCUCGAAUCGUUGACGUCCAGGGGGACCAAUAUGUGGUCGAAUUCAGCCCUGCGCUUUCGGUUCAUGAGUGGUGGCCAGGGAGGAUUCCCAAGGGCGAACAGGUAGAGACUGUGCCAAGAUCCGGUGUCAAAGUGGAAAACCCGUUCGAUUUUAAUCGCGUGACGUUAGGCAUGGAUCAGGUACGCCCUCUCUCCGUGGGGCCACGACCGGCUCUGGGUGUUCAGUCAGUGAAGCCGUCUUGGUGGAGUUCAUUUCAGGGUGUUCAAAUCUGCAGUCUUGAGGAUCUUUUGGAGCGGAGUCUGUGGAAUAAUAACGGCGAUAGUCAGCAAACGGGUGGCAUAUUAUAA